AUGGAGCCGUUACGUGCGUGGUCGUCCACCUUCACUGUCUCGAAAAAACCUGAUCAGGUGCGAAGGAUGAUCAGUAUCUGUCAGGAAAAAUUGCUUCAAAUCAAAGAACAAGAAGCGAAAGUGAAUCGUCUACAAUUGGAAUUAGAGCAUAUGCAUCUCAGUUCAGAUCUUUCUGCAGCACAAAUGAAAAAGGCCAAUGACGCCUUUGAGAAGUUCGCAAAGGGAUGGGCCCGAAUAGUGACGAAAAUCAGCGAGGCUAUGAACGUGCUGACCGGACAUGACGAAAACGAUGAAGAGUCGUUAGUGGCCAAAGGAAUCGAGCAGUGGAUCGAAGGCUGUGAUAAAGUCCUGUCCGACAUGAUAAAGCUUACAAAGGAAGACCGCGCGAAAACGGCUAGUGAAAUUAAACCAACAACUUCAACUUCAGAUCCGUUGAAAAAAGCGAUCCUUAAGAAAGGAUUGGACAUUGUCCGAAAACGAUUGAGCACUAUGACGGAGGAAGACGAACCGGCGUCGACAUCGACGUCUAAAGCUGAAGAAGACCUAAAUCGAGAAGUUGGAAGGCGAGUGGUAAAAGCCGAGAUGAAGGAACGGCGGCGAGCGACUCUCGCUGCAUUGGAGAAGAUGAAGGCGGCUGAGGACGGAUUGAACAGCAUCGCAUCGUCAUUGGAGGCGACAAGCAGCAGCGAAAUAUCGCUCAGUGGUGCAAUUAUCGAGUUGCGUAAGUCGCGUGACCGUUUGGCGUCGUACGAAACGCUGAAGAAGGAGGCUGAACGAGCUGCUGAGAAAAUGCUCGCCUUGGACGACAACGUACCGCAAACGGUCCAAACUGCAACUCGUAAUCGCAUUCGCAAGUUAGCCGAACAAUGGCAUGAAUUGGAGAACAUGAUUGAGGAUCACCUAAGCUGUGCCCGAAAAGAACAUCGACGAUCGGUGCAAAGUAAGUUGUAA